UAUCUACGCACUAAUUACUUACAAAUUUUGUGUUGUUGAUAAUUCGUGAGUAAUUUCUGUGUACUUACGAAGUUUUGUUUAUCAGCUACAAAGUUUAACUAUAGAUAAAUGCAUUUCUUUUUUCUAGUCAGUGAUGGCAGUGUUGUGUGUAACGCCCCCGGCAACCUACAGGGAAUAUCCUAAAUCACCACCACAGUCUACGAACAAAUCGACCACAAAUCACAAAUCAUUGCAAAAACCCAAAAAUCGCAUUGCGCCACCACGAGCAGCAUUGCGCCACCCAAACUGUGAAAACACAGUUCCGUCUUGAAGAAAAGAGUGGCAGCAAGCAUGUCCAAGUUCGAGGGGUCUGAUGUAGAUUGAGCUGAUAAAUGGUGCUCCAGAUCAAGGUGUUCAACGACCUGACUUCCCAAUUGCUCAGCAAUGAAUUGCGUGCAAAUACUAAAGCUGGAGUUUAAUGUGACAUUACAGGCCCUGAGGAAGGCAAUUUUUGUUGCCUUUUACAAAGAUAUGGGGAUUAAACCUUCUGAGGUUUUUGUUUCAGAUGGUGCAUAGUGUGAUAUUGCUCGUUUUCAGUUACUUAUGGGUCCCAAUCUGAAGAUUGUCGUGCAGGAUCCAUCCUUUUCGGCCUACAUAGAUUCGAGUGUCAUAAUUGGUCAGGUUGGCAAGUUUGUAGAUAAUGUUGGGAAGUAUAAAAACAUAGAAUACAUGACAUGUGGACCUCAAACUAAUUUCUUUACUGAUCUGCUAAGCAUUUCAAGCACAGAACUUAUUUUCUUCAAUUCUCCAAACAAUCCCACUGGUCAUGCAGCAACAAGGAAGCAAUCUUGUUUCAUGGAGCCAGAGAGGUUGCAAUUGAAGUGUCAUCGUUCUGGAAAUUUGCUGGCUUCACAGGAUUAUAUUAAAGAAAGUGAUAAUUUAGUCUCUCUUCAUGAUCAAUUUCGUGAUUGUGAUAGGUCACGGAUGGAAACUCUUCUAAGUGGAUUUCAGGCUGAAAUUGAUUCCAUUAGUUCAGACAUAAGGAUACUCCAGGAGAAAUAUAUGGAUAUGAGUUUGAUACUUAAGAAUCGCAAGUUAUUUGGGUUAGUCAUUUUGUGUAAAUUGGAUGAGGAGGGGGAUGAUCCUUCGGGUGAAGCUUUGGAUGCUGAAACAAAUAACGAGAAGUUGGAGGUUUCAGUGCAAGGUUACCUACAAGGAUACGAGUGAGUCAUCAAAGGAUAAAAAGAGAUAAUGUCAAACGCAAUAGAAGGGCUCACCCAACAACUCUAUUGGAUUUUUAGACUUUAGAACAUUUUAAUGGAAAUUUUUCAGUAAUUAUGUGAGGUUACUAUUGUAUCAUAGGUUUUAAAAGGACUUUAUUAGUUUAUUAGAAGGUGUAAUUAAGUAUAAAUGUAAUGUAUUAUUUGAACAAUUUGUUGUAUUAAAACAUGUUUACUAUUUAUUUUAUAA